AUGGACAACUCCCACGUGGCCCUCGUGUCUAUGAUGCUCAAAUCCGAAUCCUUCUCUCCCUUCCGCUGCGACCGAAACAUCGCCCUCGGUAUCAACCUCACCUCGCUCACCAAAGUCCUACGAUGUGCACAGAACGAGGAUAUCUUGACGAUGAAGGCAGAGGAUGCACCAGAUGUCGUCAACUUUACAUUUGAGAGCGCCGAAAGUGACAGGAUCAGCGAAUACGAUAUCAAGCUCAUGGACAUUGAUCAAGAGCAUUUGGGUAUUCCAGAGACAGAAUACGCGGCAACCAUCACACUGCCAAGUCCAGAGUUUCAGCGCAUCACCAGAGAUCUGUCUGCGCUCUCAGAAUCUGUCUCGAUUGAGUGCACAAAGGACGGUGUGAGCUUCAAGUGCGCUGGUGAUAUCGGAAACGGCUCUGUCACUUUGCGCUCGCACACGAAUGUGGACAAGCCAGACCAGAACAUUGAGAUCAACCUCACCGAGCCAGUCGCACUCACAUUCUCGCUCAAGUAUCUGAUGAACUUCUGCAAGGCUAGCGGUCUUAGCGGGCAGGUGAAGCUGUGCUUGAGCAAUGAAGUGCCACUUCUCGUGGAGUACGGGCUGAGCAACAACUCCUACUUGCGAUUCUACCUCGCACCAAAGAUCGGUGACGAAGAGUAA